AUGUCUGCAAUCAGUGGUAAAAGACCGCCGGAGGAUGACUCGAACCUUCCCAAGUACAAGCUCGUCGUUAUUGGCGAUGGUGGUGUCGGCAAAUCAUCGCUGACAAUCCAGUUCUUCCAGAAGCAGUUUGUCGAUUAUUAUGAUCCGACGAUCGAGGAUCAAUACAUUCAACAUUGUGAAGUCGACGGAAACUGGGUGAUAAUGGAUGUUCUCGAUACUGCUGGCCAGGAGGAGUUCUCGGCGAUGCGCGAGCAGUACAUUCGCGGCGGACGCGGCUUCUUGCUGGUCUUCUCCGUCACCGAGCGCAAGUCUUUCGAGGAGGCUCACAAGCUCUAUAGACAAGUUCUUCGCGUCAAGGAUCGAAGUGAGUAUCCGGUGCUUCUAGUCGCCAAUAAGAUUGAUCUCGUCAAUCAACGUGUAGUUAGUGAGCAGGAAGGUAGAGAGCUCGCCGCGCAGCUCAAAUUAAUGUACAUAGAGACUUCGGCCAAGGACCCGCCAGUCAAUGUGGAUGCGGCUUUCCAUGAGCUGGUUCGAAUUGUUCGCAGUUUUCCGAGUGAUGAAGCCGAGGAAGAGCCAUCGGCUAUUCCACGCUCACGACGAAGAAAAGACAAAAAGGAGAAAUGUUCGAUUUCCUAA